AUGGAUGCCAAAGCUAAUGACAGCACCUUCCCCAGUUUUGGAGACUUGGAUGAGUUCCUCACCAAGCAUGACUCCAAUUUUGUGUGGCUCCUUGUGGGUAAGUGUUGAGGGAAUUUUCUAGACUGGGGGGGGGGGGGGGGCAACACCUGAGUUAGAGGGAAUGCAGACUGCAUUGAAUAAGCAAUUUCUCACAUUUGAGUUGAUGAAUGGGGAGCAAUUAACUCUAAGUAUACAGGUGUGACGCCUCAUUUAACACAUCAUAACAAUGAUAUGAGGAAUAGUAUAAACCAUCUGCAUUCGGAAAGUAUUCAGACCGCUUGACUUUUUCCACAUUUUGUUAAGUUACUGCCUUAUUCCCUCAUCAAUCUACACAAAAUACCCCAUAAUGACAAAGCAAAAACAGGUUUUUAGAAAUGUCUGCAAAUGUAUAAAAAAAACCAGAAAUAUCAAAAUUACAUAGGUAUUCAGACCCUUUACUCAGUACUUUGUUGAAGCACCUUUGGCAGCGAUUACAGCCUCUAGUCUUCUUGGGUAUGACACUACAAGCUUGGCACACUUGUAUUUGGGGAGUUUUUCCAAUUUUUCUCUGCAGAUCCUCUCAAGCUAUUUCAGGUUGGAUGGGGAGCAUCGCUGCACAGCUAUUUCAGGUCUCUCCAGAGAUGUUUGAUCAGGUUCAAGUCCGGGCUCUGGCUGGGCCACUCAGGGACAUUCAGAGACUUGUCCCGAAGCUACUCCUGUGUUGACUUGGCUGUGUGCUUAGGGUUGUUGUUCUGUUGGAAGGUGAACCUUCGCCCCAGUCUGAUGUCCUGAGCGCUCUGGAGCAGGUUUUCAUCAAGGAUCUCUCUGUACUUCGUUCAUUUUUCCAUCGAUCCUGACUAGUCUCCCAGUCCCUGCCACUGAAAACCACAGCAUGAUGCUGCCACCACCAUACUUCACCGUAGUGAUGGUGCCAGGUUUCCUCCAGACGUGACGCUUGGCAUUCAGGCCAUUGAGUUCAGUCUUGGUUUCAUCAGACCAGAUAAUCUUGUUUCUCAUGGUCUGAGAGUCCUUUAGGUGCCUUUUGGCAAACUCUAAGCGGGCUGUCGUGCUUUUUACGGAGUAGUGUCUUCCGUCUGGCCACUCUACCAUAAAGCCCUGAUUGGUGGAGUGCUGCAGAGAUGGUUGUCCUUCAGGAAAGUUCUCCCAUCUCCACAGAGAAACUCUGGAGCUCUGUCAGAGUGAACAUUGGGUUCUUGGUCACCUCCCUGACCAAGGCCCUUCUCCCCUUAUUGCUCAGUUUGGCCGGGCGGCCAGCUCUAGGACGAGUCUUGGUGGUUCCAAACUUCUUCCAUUUAAGAAUGAUGGAGGCCACUGUGUCCUUGGGGAACUUCAAUGCUGCAGAAAUGUUUUGGUACCCUUCCCCAGAUCUGUGCCUCCACACAAUCCUGUCUCGGAGCUCUACUGACAAUUCCUUCGACCUCGUGGCUUGGUUUCUGCUCUGACAUGCACUGUCAACUGUGGGACCUUAUAUAGACAGGUGUGUGCUUUUCCAAAUCAUGUCCAAUCAAUUGCAUUUACCACAGGUGGACUAAUCAAGUUGUAGAAACAUCUCAAGUAUGAUCAAUGGAAACAGGAUGCGCCUGAGCUAAAUGUUGAGUCUCAUAUCAAAGAGUCUGAAUACUUAUGUAAAUAAGGUAGUUCUGUUUUUAUUUUUAAUACAUUUGCAAACAUUUCUAAAAACCUGUUUUUGCUUUUUCAUUAUGGGGUAUUGUGUGUAGAUUGAUGAGGAAAUAUUGUUUUCUCUUCCAGCCACCAUUCUGUCCUGUGGAUGGAUCAUCUACCUUACCUACUACAACUCCCGCAACAUCGGCCUCAUCUUAACCCUCAUCAUCAACAGACUCUGCAAGAAUGGCUACAUUCACAUCGGUGAGUGCAAACAAUGAAAUGAAGCUUGCAGACGUGAUGAUGAACCUUGCCUGAGACUUGUAGACGCAGACUUGGCUCCCAGUUGCCCUAUUUAUGGAAUUCAGUGUGAAUAAUCUGUUAGCGUGUCUGAAACUCACUGUCUGUCCUUUCUCCACAGGCUCCUUCUCUUUCUCGGUGCUGUCGGGGAAGGUCAUGUUCAGGGAUGUGUACUUCAUCAACGAAGACAUGUCCAUUAGGUGCUUACUUUUACACUAUUAUAUUGUGUUAUGUUUUUUAUUCUACUCUCUAUACAAUACAUGCUUAUAUUCUAAUACUAUUUUAUUAUACUUUUAAUUUAUUUUGUGUUACAGAAUACAAGAUGGUUUCCUUAUAUUCCGUUGGUGGAAAAUGUAUAACCCUAAGCAGAAACAGCAUGGUGAGUGGACUGUAGGGGAGACAUUAUGGUUUGGAUUUGGAAAUGGGUAACAAGUCUAUAGGUGUCGGUUUGGCGGGAGGCCGCAGGAAACUCAAAUAGCUUGUACUCAGGAGUAGUCUUCUCCAUGUUUCUUGACCAUCAGGUCAAAGUUACAGACGACCUUGUUCUUGUCUUCUCCAGACCCCAAGGCUGAGACCAGGCUCUACGUGACCGUUAAUGGAUUUGAGUUCCACGUUUACAACCGGACAGACCUCUAUGCACGGCUAGAGGAGACCUUCGGGUUGGACCCCACCCUCAUACCGACCAAAAAUGACGAGGAGAGAGAAAGAGAGGAACGAGAAAAGAGCCUGGACAGUGUUAACAUCAAAGCAGAGACUCCAGACCCGUCGUCAUCUUGGAGAUCCCUCAUCCCCGUCAUCAAAGUCAACAUCAGCACUGUCAGUUGCUUUUAGUUUAACUACAUAUGAGACAUCACUCCCACACACACUAGUCAAUAGUUAAGUUCUAUGAACGUGCACAUGUAUAAUUCUCAUCAUUACCUCAUUGUGUGUAUUUCUCCAGGGUCGCUUGGCAUUCGGGAACCACCACCUCCCCCAGACGAUAUGUGUGAACUUUGAGGAUGCCUUCCUAACUUAUGCCACCAAGCCCCCCUCCAGCCACCUAGACCAGUACAUGCACAUUGUCAAGGGCUCUCUGGAGAAUGUCCGCGUCAUGCUAGUACCCAGCCCACGCUACCUGGGCAUGCAGAACGAUGAGUGAGUUGACCUUUGACCUUAGGCCUAAUCCCGAACAGUUAACCCCUGACCCCAAUACACGGGCAUGCAAAACGAGAAGUGUUUAACAUCUUAGGAACCACAUUAAUAAUGGUAUAGCAGUCUUCUGAGAUUCUGUGUUCUCCUCUAUAGGCCACCCAGACUGAUGGGAGAAGGGUUUGUGGUCAUGCAGUCCAAUGAUGUGGACAUCUACUAUUACCAGGAUGAACCAGGUACGACCAUAUUAUGUAGAACUCUGGUCAUGAUGACUCGUUUAAGAUAUGGGUGUAUUGGCACUGUUUCUAUAUGGAUUUGGGUUUGACAUGGUUUUAUGAAUGUUCUUAUGUUUAGGUAUGACUAUUUAUGUUUGACUGUGUGUGUGUUAUCAGGCCUGGUCCCAGAGGAGCAAGAGAGUGGGGAUCCAGAGCUAUGUGGAGAAGGAACCAAACUGCAGGAUCUGCCUCCCUGCUGGGGUCUGGACAUUGUCUGUGGGAAAGGAACUGACUUCAACUACGGGCCCUGGGCGGACAGGCAGAGGUACGUACACACACACAAUACUACUAUACAUAAUACAUCAUUCGCUGUUCACCAGAGACCAUAACAAUAGAAUGACUAAGGUUUAUAUUUCUGUAUGCAGGGAUUGCCUGUGGAAGUUCUUCCUCCCGGCAGACUACCAGUCCAUGGGUGUUACGGAGGUAGCUCAGCCUGGCAAACCCAGACAGAUUCUGGCCUUUGAACUCCGCAUGAACAUCAUCGCAGACGCCACCAUAGACCUGCUCUUCACCAAAAACAGGGUACCAGGAGAGCAGGCUUCUCACCCUGUCUCUGUUUCUCUCCUCUUCUAUUCUGUCUCUUAUUUUGUUAAAAGCUCCAUGUAUUAGAUCAUUGUUAGAAUCCAUUUCACAAUGUGAUCAUGUGUUUCUUUCUAUGUGCUCUUGAUUUUUCUGCUCUUAGGAAACCAAUGCCAUCCAUGUGAAUGUCGGAGCAGGCUCUUAUCUGGAAGUGAACAUCCCCAUGACUGUGGGGGAGACUGGUGAGUGGGACAGUGAGAAAGAACUGAGGUUAGAAGAAAGUGGAUGUCUUUAAGUCUAUGGUUACAGGGUAAGACGGAGGUGCGAUGCCAUGAAAUCAUGCAGUAAUCAUGACUCACUCAAUAUUACCAUCACCAAACUUGGACUGUGAGCAUUCAUUUUAUCCUCUCUCCCCAGGCUACUCUCCCACCAUCAAAGGCCAGCUGCUCCAUGUUGACACCACCACCAGCAUGCAGUACAGGACUCUGCUGGAGGCUGAGAUGCUGGCUGUAAGUACAGCACAGUAGGAAUCUGCAGGGGUACUAUUCAGCCACAAGCCAUAUCCAGAGUUUCCAAUACAUGUUUCUUACUGAGUGAUUGAAUUAAAACAACUGUGUACAAGUUAAUUACCAAGCCCUUGAUGAGUUGAAUCAGGUUAGUGCACCUCCUUGUGAACUUGAAAGCGUGUUAACAUGAUUGUUGCCUCUCUCUCUUCUGCCCUUAGUUCCAUGUGAUUGCCAGCUAUCCCAGUGUGUGGAACAUGCCCCAGUCCUGGAACUGUGAGAUAGAG